UAUAUAUUUUUUUUACUAAUACUACUAUAAAUAAUACAGUGAUAUUGAAAUUAGAUUCAACCCGUAAAUAUGUGAGAGUCGUUGACAGAAAAUCGCAAUAGCGUUCGUCUUCCGCCUUUUAAGCCUGCGUCCUUCUUGACUCGAUUGCUUCUGUCUGAGAUUGCCUACAUCAAACAUGGCGGCUACGCAAACUACCAACCCCUCACAGUUACUGCCGUUGGAGCUUGUGGACAAAUGCAUUGGUUCUCGAAUCCACAUCGUCAUGAAGACAGACAAAGAAAUCGUUGGCACUUUGCUGGGCUUCGAUGACUUUGUCAACAUGGUCUUAGAAGAUGUGACCGAAUUUGAAAUAACACCAGAGGGUCGCAGGAUAACCAAACUGGAUCAGAUUCUGCUCAAUGGCAACAACAUCACCAUGCUCAUCCCAGGUGGAGAAGGCCCUGAAGUUUAACACUUGGAUCUUCAUUAUUUUUUAAUUUUUUUUAAGUUAGUGGUAUAUUUUUUGUGACAUGAAGCACACAUAACUUUGUUUUUGUUACAAAUAAAUGACAAAUUGACAAAA